AUGAAUAAUAUAGAAAUAGAUAACCAACAACUAAUUAAUAAUAUACUACUUAUGAACGAGGGUCCUCGUCCAGGACCAGAGGAGACACGAUUGGUAGAGAUGGCUCAAACUGCAACUUUGUUUGGUAAAGCAUUAGAAGAAGAAGAAGAAGAAAAGAGAAAAAAUAGUAUUGCUCCUAAUAAUAAUAAUAAUAAUAAUAAUAAUAAUAAUAAUAAUAAUAAUAAUAAUAAUAAUAAUAAUAAUAGAUAUUUUCAAUAUUAUUAUGACCAUAUCUAUAAUGGCUUAACUAAUGAUGAUGAUCCUGAAUUGCAAGAGGCCAUUCGUUUAUCAUUAUCAUUGCAAAUGGAAAAAGAGAAAGAAAUAGAUGUCCUUCCUCCUCCUCCUCCUCUUCCUCGCCCAUCUCUUCCAAUUAGAAUGAGAAUGGACAAUCACACAACCCAUGACGAUCUAAUUUGUCAAAAGUGCAAGAACCUUCCAACCAAUGUUGUUGUCUGCCAAUCCAUGCACAUUCAAUGCCUGGAAUGUGUUACAUCUGAAAAUAGAAAGUGUUCUAUCAAAGGAUGUGAAUUCACAACUGUUGGAACCGAACUACAAGCUAAUUUUGUUAAAAAAAUGAUUCAAGGUUUAAUUAUCUAUUGUUCAAGUAACUUUAAAUUUAACAAUAACAAUCAUCAAUGGGAAAUUGAUCUAAAUGGAUGUAAAAGAUCAUUCCCAACCAUUGAUAUUAUCGACCAUGAAAUUAGCUGCCAACAUAUUCCGAUUGCUGUCCCACCAAAGUCUUGUGACACUUGCCAAAAAUAUUUGGUACAAGGCCAAUCUAAUCAAUGUGAUGAUUGUUUUAUAAAGAAAACAAUUGGUGAAUUAAUGAAUACCAUUCCAAAAGAUGAAGAUGAUAUGGUAGUUGGAGAAUAA